GGCCGCCUGCUGCCCCGGCGCGCCUCCCGCCUCUCGGAGCGCGACUUCGGGCACGUCUGCCGCGGCGCGGCCGAGUCCCGCUCCCUGGCCCAGCUCAACCUCAACCUGGGCAUCGUCUCCAACAUCAACCGCGUCAAGCAGCUGGCCGAGGCCCUGAAGACCAACCGCUCCGUCCAGUCGCUGUUCCUCCAUGGGAGCCCCCUGACGGACGCUGGCUUGGCUCUCCUCAACCCCGCGCUCUCCAUCCAUCCCUCGCUGGUGGCUCUGGAUCUGGGAGACUGCAUGCUGGGCGACGAAGGCAUCAACCUCAUCUGCGGGCUCCUGCCGCCCGACGGGGCCAAGUCCGGCCUUAAAGAGCUAACACUGAGCGCCAAUCCGGGUGUCACAAGCAAAGGCUGGGGGCGGCUGGCCAUUGCAGUGGCUCACAGCUCCCAGCUCCGAGUGCUGAACCUGGACUACAACCCCCUGGGAGACCAGGUAGCGGGGAUGCUCGCCGUCGCUGUGGCCUCCAGUCGAACCCUUGAAGUUCUGGACUUGGAGGGAACAGGACUAACCAACCAAUCAGCCCAGACCUUGCUGGACAUGGUAGAGAAUUACCCCACAGCCCUACGGACGCUCAUCCUGGCAGAGAACAACAUUAGUCCUGAGCUGCAGCAACAGAUCUCCGACCUGCUCUCAGAGGGUGAGGAAGAGGAGGAGACCGAGGCUCGUGAAGUCACAGCCAGGGAGAAGAACCCCUGGAUCUGCCAGAACAGUUCCAGCUCCCAGAUGGUCCUGAUGACGUCGGGCCUCGGUGACAGCCUCUUGGCAGAAACAGAAAUGUAGCUGGGCUACCCUGCCUGCUUCUGCCCCGAAGAGCACCGUGUGGGUGGCCUGUGCUUGUGCCACCCACACUAAGGGACCACAUGUGCCCCCCGUGCACGCGUGUCCCCCCAGCCGCAAGCCCCUGGGGCUCCCAUGCCGGGGCAGGCCUGCCCCCACGGGCUGCUCUCACAUUUCACGUCCCGUUGACGCCUCCCUCGGUGCCACGCGCCGGAGCUUGGGAGCCUGGUCUGGGCGACUCUCCACACACCUCUGUGUUGUCACACGCCCCGUCGGCCGCUUGUGAUUGUCCGGUUGCUGCAUGUGUAGCUCACGUUGCGCCCUGCCUCGUCCCCGCGCCUGGCCGUGCCCUCCCAGCCCGCAGGCUGUAUUUAUUCAGAUGUGUAUAACAGAUGUUCUUUCUAUGGCUUGU